AUGCUUAAAUUAAUUUACUCCCAUCUUUCCACAAACAAUAGGUUUCCAUCAAUCAAUUCGUAUUCAAAAUCUUCUUUCGGAGAUUUCCGUGGUUUAAACGGUGGUAGAACAACAAAUAUUCAUUCGAAUUCAAAACGGCAGCAUGUUCAACAACAACAACAACAACAACAAUCGACAACAAAUCAACAGCGACGAAUCACUUAUCGAUCAAGUGAUUAUUCAUGGAGUGAUCACCCAACUAAUUCAAAUGUUUCUAAUCCACUAUCACGUACUGAUAAUACAAUAAAAACAAAACUAUCAACAUCAUCACGUAAUCUUGCUAAUGGAAUAACACAUGAAUAUGCAACAAAUUCAAUGCCUCAUCUUUCAACACAAACUGGUCAUCAUCAAAAUAUAAAAACUGAUUCAAGUAAUGCAGAUUUACAUGGAUCAACGGGAAUAAAACUUCAGAAUACUAAUACACGUAAUCAACGUACAAGUAUUAAUUUAGAUAAAACAUCUGGUUCAAAUGGUUUCAAUUUACCAACACGACAUGCAAGUUUUAAUUCAACUCGUCUUGAUCAUAAUAUCUAUCCACGACAAAUACCAUCCAAACAACGAAAUUAUGUUUCUUCGAAAGCAUCAUUUCAUGAUACAAGUGGUGGAGAUUUAUAUUUAAGUAGUUUACAAGAUGAAAAUUCUUAUUAUUUUCAUCAACAACAACAACAACAGCCGAAUCCAAUGAGUAGUACACAACGUUUAAAUGGUUCAACAUUUGAUAUAGCAACUAGUCGUAAACCAUAUUCAAUAACUAAAUCAAAUACAAUGAAUACACAAGCAAAUGCAGCUAAUUAUCAGUCAUUACAAGAACUUCAUCGUAGUGAUUCAGCACUUGAGAAAAAUCAUUUAACACGAUUUGCUAUUCGAGGUACAACAGCAUCAAAAGAACAACAUUCAACAACACCAAGACAUCGACAACCAUCAACUAUUCCAACAAAUGCAGUAUCAACAUUAGGAUUUAUUUCAGAUGAAAGACAAUCAUCGGUUGUUUCAUAUGUAUCACGUGAUCCAAAUAUAUCUUAUGCAUAUACAGAUGUAAAAAAAUAUAUUGAAGAAAAUGAUUUAAUGUCACCUGAAAAAGAAAUUAGUAUAAAAAACUGGAUUAUUGAUGUUGAAAAAUAUCGACAUGAAUUUGGAAAAAGCGAGUGA